ACGUUGGCAUAUCCCCACACUUAUGCAUUUGGCUAGCUCUUUCACCUGUACAAACCCUUCCAAUUCAUGGCCGCCCAGUGAUCGAGCCUCGCUCAGCAGUUCAGAGUGGGGUGAUUCAUUUUUCCUGCCAAUUCUCCUGUUUAUUUUGUAGAGGUUUGCCCACCCUCUACCUUCAUCAUGAGGUGAAGUAUGUGAGAGGAGCCUUUGUGCUCAGGUAAACUCUAAACAGUCUGUACGUAUGAAAAGGGCAGGACAGAGCCACAUUCAAACCCAAAACUGCAAAUGCUUAUUCUUAAAAUGCUCCUCAAAAACUAUGAGAUAUCAAUUGCUUAAAUAAAACGAGUGAGUGAUUUAACCCUGCUGGGAAAAGCAGAGAGAAUGCUUUCAUGUGGAGCAGAAAGUAUAGAGAGCAGUGAGAGAGGAGGAGAGGAAGCACAAACAAUCCAGGAAGGAAACGGUAGGAAGGUAAUGGGUGAAGGUCAGGAGAUUCAGCAGAAGGCUGACAGCUAAAGGGGAACAUGAAUAAACUAAAGCUUUAAGCACUAAUAUUAUUUCAAUCUCUGAAGGCCAGUCCAAUGUAAGCAACCGGGGGCUUUGGCCAUCACUUCAAUCAGGACCAAAUGAAUGGCUGCCUUGUCUUUCUAUCACCAUUAAACUUCUUGUUAUUUUAGUACCAAUAAAUGCAAAUAUAAAUAAUGUUUUGAAAUGCAUAUAUUUUCAGUUGUAUAGAAGAAAGGAAUCUUUUUAUAUGACUACCAGUGUGGGUUAAAAAUGUCCUUCCCAUAUACUGUAACUUACUGUAGAGUAUGGAUGUAAGGUCAGAGCAUCUAAACCAAAACAGAGAUCCCAAAACCUGAUACACUGCAAAAAUUGUUCAGUAAUGGUUCCAGGAACAUGACAAGUUCAAGGUGUUGAUCUGGCCUCCAAAUCUCCCAAUUCUCCAAAUCUCAAUUGAGCAACUAUGGGAUGUGCUGGACACACAAAUCUGAUCAAUGGAGGCCCCACCUCCAGCUUAUAGGAAUUAAAGGAUCUGCUGCUAAUGUCUUGGUGUCAGAUACCACAGCACACCUUUAGAGGUCUACACAAAAUACUUCCAGAGACCUACACAAUAUUAGGCAGAUGUCUUUAAUCUUAUGGCUGAUUAGUGUACAUACACACCUAUAUUAAAAAAAAUUGCUCACUUGGCACUAUAUAGCAGAGUAGUGGAGUAUGCUCAUAUUUAAUCAGUCUAUCAGCAGAGUAACAGAUGUUCCUUAGUAAAUAAAUCUAGUCUGUGUUCUCACUUAACAUUUUAAGAAAUUCAGAUUUUUACCUGUUAUCAUUAAUCUGUAAAAUUGCAUUUGAUGAGCUUCCACAUGGCUGUGUACACUCAUAACUGCAUCAAGCCCAGGAACUAGCCCUAGUGAAAAAGGGAAAGGUCAGCUCAGACACACUGAGGAACUAACAUUGGUCUAAUGGGACAUCCUGUGAAAUAGGUCUGGGUAGAGGAAUACUGUUGAGAACAGACCACCCAUCGUGAUACAGCUGGGGGUAGUGACAAGCCUUCUUUAUGUUCCACUGGAAAGGGGAGAAAAAUCCUAACACCGUAACACGUUGGCAUAGAGGAGGAAAACUACUCUACAUAUCCUAUAUGACUAAGAUUUAUAUAUCUGCAGUGAAAUAAUAGAUGUAUGAGGCCACUGAGCAUGAGCCUGUGUUGGUAUGGGUAUAUGCUUGAAUUUAUGUUCAUUUCAUGUGAUUAGUAUCUGCUUCAUGUUCAUUUGUAUCCCAUAUGACCUUAUUUUUUACCAGAGGUCUGUUUUUUUGUGCACAUGUUCACCAUUGAUUUUCUUUCUCAUUUUUACACUCCACAGUGGUGCUUAAUAGUUCAUAUGAAAGUAGACACUUAAGUCUUUAAGAAUUUGUUUUCCAGGUUUUCAUAAGUAUGUUUUCCCUAGGCUUCUAGGUGCAAUAUUCAAAGAAAAGUUCCAAAAAAAAAACAAAAAAGAAAUUGUUUUUUUCACACAAACAUUUCUAUCUUCUAAGUAAAUGGUGAUAUCAAACCAUUUUCUGCUUUUAAGGAUGCCCCAAGUUCUUGCUCAUAAACAUCUAAAAUUUGAAGGCAUAUCUUCAACCACUAAAACACAGUGUAAGGUUAUCCUAACAGGGGGGGAAAACAUCUCACACUCAAACCAACAUAGUCCUGAAUCAUUUUAUAUCAGACUUGCAGUACUAAAAUAAUUGUAAAUCUUAUGUAUUAAUUAAAUGUAAAUGUCUGAUGAGUUGAUUUCCAUUCUGGCAGAGGAAAUGGUAAAAAGGGUUUAAAAGAUGGAUUACAAAUAAAGGGAAUGCCAGAAUAAUAUCAUUUCUUUUUUUCAGCAUAAAUAUAGGACUGUGUGCAACUGAAUAUAGGACUGUGUGUUUAACUUGCAUCUCAACAGAACAUACCGUAAAUCAGGUGAGAGGCGGGGAAUUUGGGUGUUACAUUUAAGUACAUAGGUUUGGUUGCCUCCCUCCUCAGGUAGUGGUGGAUCUCAUGCAAUCUUUCUUCCUUCUAGCAUCUCACCAUUGGAGGUUCUUAAAGCAGAUGGAGGGAGCCACACAAUAGCAGUUCAAGUCAGAGCCCAAUUAAUACAUAAGAUUUGGCCAGCAAUUUAUAAACCAGUACCAGGAUUUCUCUCUUCUACGUCUGUAUUAUCAAAGUAGAUUUUCAACCUCUACCCAAAGCAUUGACUGUUUUCCUGUCAUCCAGUCAUUAUGCUCAUCUUCCUGGUUUUCCUCUUCUUGCUAAUCCCUUUUCCUACUCAUCAAGCCUCAAUAGGCGAGAGGAAAAAUUCCACUAAAACAGCACCUCAUACUAUCACGACACCCAAUAUCAAACAAAAACUUUCUUCUGCCACAAAAAUCAGUAAUGUCAGUCAGACCCUGGUCUCUACGACAAUGCCUCCUGAGACUCCUAGUGUUAAGAAACCCUCCAAAGAGAAGCCUCCCUCAAGCUCGCCCAUCAAAGUUGUCAUCACUGAAGGCUGCAUUCAGAAGGAGCCUCAAAAAGACGCGGUCAACACCAGCAAAGCACAGGAAACAGAACUGAGUCUGAAACCAGGUUCUCCUCUGGUGAUGAUGCACCACAUCAACCUGGUGCCAGGUUCUUGCACUGGAGGCUGUGAGACUGAGAUGGCUGCACUGAAGGACCGAGUAGAGAUACUGGAAAAGGAAAUGUCAGCUUUAAAGAAAAAGUGCACCCUCUGCUCUGAAGUCCAGUGCCCAAAUAACUGCAACAAGAAUGGAAAGUGUGUCAACAGAAAAUGUGUGUGUCAGUCUGGUUAUACUGGCGUUGACUGCAGCAAAGGUGCCAAGAAAAAUGAGGUGUCUUCUGAUAGUAACACUGUCAUAACAACAUCAUCAAAAGAUAACAAAACAAUAAUCAGUACAAAUGACAAAGAGGAAAGGCAUCAAGAUCAAGCAAGAGGUCCAGAAACUUUUGAAAAAAUUCCCCUGAACAAAGAUAUGCCUCAGAGCCAUAAUGUAACUCAAAGCACUGUUAAGAAACUGUCAACAGGCACAAACCUGUCUGCAAAUGAAACCGUUCAAACCAAUUCAAGGUAUGGGAAGCCGUCUUUGUCUAAUGUGACUUCAGAAAAUGAAAAAAAGCCAUCCCAGACCAGUGUUACGAAGAUUCUUAAAGGAGGAGCAUCUGUGACUCCGAAGGUGGAAACGCAGGCAAAUACAACAGAAGAGUUAAAAGGAGGAGAUAAGAAGCAACACAAAGGCCAUGGAAAGAAUAUGUUCAAAAAACAUCUAAAUGCAACUACAUCUACCAUGACAGACAAAAAGUCACCCAAAGAGAGUGGUACACUUUCAAAAGGAUCAACUGAAAAGACACGGGUGGAAACAGACAAAAAGCUAAGCCAGGGCAACAUCACACAACCUAAAGAAGUAUCACCUGAACAGAAACUUUCAGUUGUGACUACUUCCAUUGAAAAAGACACAAAGUUGCCUCAAAGUAACAACUUACCGAUUAUCAGAUUAUCAGGGAAGAGAAAAGUAGAUAGGAAUUUGCAAGAGGAUGAUGAGAUAACAACAAGCCAAAAAGGGCAAACACAUGUAAAUGUGACUGGUUCCACUGAAAAGGACAAGAAGUUAAACCAGGGCAAUAUCACGCCUCUUAAAGAAGCAUCACUAGGAAAGACAAAAAUGGACAAGCAUCUAAAUGUAACUAACGCUACUGAAAAAGAGAGGAAGAGCCAGAGCAAUGCCACACCUCUUAAAGAGCAAACAUCUGGAAGGAAAAUAGUGAGCAGGACAAAAGUUGUUAAGGUUCCACUGGGAAAUAAACCAAAAAGUGUACAGAAACAUGAAAACAAAACUGCUUCUCCUGAAAAGGACAAUAAGCUGCAUCAGGGCAAUGUUACGCUUCUUAAAGAUGAUUCAUCUAAAAAGACAAAGCAAGACAGCCAUCUCAGUGUAACAAUGUCAAUGGAGAAGGACAAAAAUUUACUACAGAGCAAUGUGGCAAACGUUCUUAAAGACGUUACAGAUGAAACGAAAUUGGGAGUGGGAAAAAAGUUCAAUGUGACUACUUUCAUCAAAACGGAAAAGAAGCCUAAUCCCACACUCAUUAAAGAUGGAUCACCUCAAAGGGGAAAGGUCGAUAGUGUAAAUGAAAAAAAGUCAAAUGAGAAAAGCAAGAAGUUGCUACAAGGUGAUGAGACGACAGUUGUAACAAAAGUGAAAGUAAAUGUAAAUGCAACCACCACCACCAGUGAAAAAGAUAAGAGUUUGCACCACAGUCUCAAAGAAGAUGCUUCUAGCAAGAGCAAAGUAAACAGCAAUUUUAAAAACAUCACAACUCCUAAAAUUCAUGUUGAGAGCACAACAAAACUCAUUGACUUCGGACCAGUUGAGGUUCACAACAUAACUGCCACAGGGUUUGUUAUCACAUGGGAAGCUCCUCAAGGAGUAUUCAGGAACUUCACAGUAACUAGGAGGGAGGUUUGGUCAGAAAGAAGCAGUGAGGAUGAUGCAGAGGAAGCAGAGAAAAGCCAAAACGGUGAUCUAAAAGAAGAUGAGUUGAUUAGUUCAAACGGAACCUCAGCUAAAGUUUACACUGGAAAAGUGGAUAGAAAGAGUGCAGAGAAGUUCUCACAGGUUCUUGCUGGAAGUGCCCGCUCCUAUCAUUUCAAGAAUCUUCGACCACAGAGAAAGUACUCAGUGUCCUUGUUCAGCUCCGGGCCUCACGUACGCUCCAAAGUUCACCGUUUGUUUGUCUCUACAGGACCUGAACCACCAACUGAACUGCUGUUCAGCAACAUUACAGAAACGUCUCUCAUUUUGUCCUGGGCCAAACCUAAAAGCACAGUAACAGGAUUCAAAGUAACAUACACCAAUUCUGCAAAUGGGGUGACAGGAUCCAUGACUGUUGACUCACAGUUGUCCCAUGUUCUCAUUUCCAAGCUGUCUGUUGGUUCGCGGUAUGAAAUAAGUGUCAGGUCCAUUAUGGGAGCAACAGAGAGUGAAGCCACAACAGCCUUGGUUGUUACAGUACCUGACUCCCCCACUGACCUCCAGGCGGUGAACAUCACAGACAGUAAAGCACUGUUGGUAUGGAAGCCUGCUCAAGCCAAAGUCGAUCAUUAUAUCCUCACUUAUGGAUCAACAAGAUCUCCUAAUGUGACAGUGACAGUGAUGUUAUCUGGCACUUCUGUUCAGCACCAGCUCAGAGGUCUACACAGAUCUACCCUCUAUGCAGUAAAGAUCAUAAGCCAAAUCAACAGUCUCCAAAGUAGAUCUGUUUCCACAACCUUUACAACAAAAAGCGGAGUAAAGCUGCAGGUAGUGACACCCAAUGAAGUCACCUGGAACUCAGCUGUGAUUUCAUGGAAGAGCACUCACUUAUCUUUCAGAAGCUAUAGGCUUACAUACCAGUUUGGAGAAGAGGUUAAGGAGGUGAUCCUAAAUCCAACUGUGUCCCAGUACAAGUUAACUGAUCUGGUGGCUUCUUCUCAAUACACUGUAAAAGUAGAUGGAGAGAGUGAGGGGCAGUACAUCAGUGUGGUUUCCACUGCAUUUACAACAGUGCAAUUGCCUUACCCAUACCCAGCUGAAUGCUCCCAGGUGCAGGUGAAUGGCAUGAAGAAGUCAGGAGAGGCGGAGAUUUACCCUCAGGGUAAAGAUGGAGAGGCAGUGAGGGUCUACUGUGAUAUGGAGACUGAUGGAGGAGGCUGGACAGUAUUCCAGAGGAGAUUGGAUGGCUCUACUGAUUUCUUCAGAGAAUGGAAAGAUUAUUCCAAAGGCUUUGGAGAGAUAAGUGCAGAAUUCUGGCUUGGAAAUGAUAUCCUUCACACUCUGACUAGCAUGGAACCAAUGAGCCUGCGCGUCGAUUUGCGUUUAGGAAAUGACACGGCCUACGCUCACUACUCCAACAUCACUGUGGCGUCAGAGGUGAAUCACUACACCAUUGAUGUGUCUGGAUACUCUGGCACAGCUGGGGAUUCAAUGAGAUACCACAAUGGUUGUCCUUUCUCAACCAAGGACAAGGACCCCAGCAUUAAUAGUGUCCAAUGUGCAAAGAAAUACAUGGGAGGCUGGUGGUACAAAAACUGUUACAAAGCCAAUCUCAAUGGUGUUUAUGCAACUUUCUCCAAGGACCAGGGAGUGGUGUGGAUUGACUGGAAGGGCAAGGACACAUCCCUCCCCUUCACCGAGAUGAAGCUGCGUCCUGCCUCUCUGAGCCACGUGACCACCAACACCCAAGGCUAGAACAUCUAGUGAAGAGCAGCCGCUACAUGCAGAUACACUGUACAACCUUCAACACUUCACAUUCUAUACACACUGUACAUAACUUUAGGAGAUGCAUAUCUACUUUUUUGCAGUUAUUAUACCCCAUACUGUGAUAAAUAUCUAAUAUUAUAUAAAUAAUCAAACAACCAUCCAUUAAACAUAGUACUUUUUAACUAGGUAUGUGUGAAGGAUACAUACUGUGUGUGCCGCAUUAUCUACUCUUACAUGACUGUAUAGUAAGGAUUAUGUGCUAUCAAAACAUUCGAAGGGUUCUUUACACUGUUCCUGAUUCACGCCGCUACUGAAAUGAAUGCACUGUUACAUUUUGUUGGAUGUAAAGGUUACAGACUAACAUUCUCUUCUGUUCCAUUUUUUUUUAUAAAGAGGUUUUUGUAGAAAUACCAAAUAAAUUGCAGAUAU